CCGCGGCAGCCGCCGUCGUCGUUGCAGUGCUAAAUACCGUAAUAAUCCGUGUUCUACAUCUAAUAAACUCGGAGCACUCACUUAAUCUACACAACAAGGUUAUUUAAACUGUAAGAAGUGUGUUGAAAUUCCAUCAAAAUGUCGUACAUGCUCCCUCAUCUUCACAAUGGCUGGCAAGUGGACCAGGCUAUUUUAUCCGAGGAGGACCGUGUUAUUGUUAUACGAUUUGGCCACGACUGGGACCCUACGUGUAUGAAAAUGGAUGAAGUGUUGUACAGCAUCGCCGAAAAGGUGAAGAAUUUUGCAGUAAUUUAUCUUGUGGACAUCACAGAAGUGCCAGAUUUUAACAAGAUGUACGAGUUAUAUGAUCCUUGCACAGUCAUGUUCUUUUUCAGGAACAAGCACAUCAUGAUUGAUCUUGGCACUGGUAACAACAACAAGAUAAACUGGACCAUGGAAGAUAAGCAGGAGAUGAUAGACAUUGUUGAGACUGUCUACAGGGGGGCGAGGAAAGGACGGGGUCUUGUGGUUUCCCCAAAAGACUACUCAACCAAAUACAGAUACUGAUGUCUGUGCACUUUUUUAUGCAUUGCUUUUUUUUUUUCAUCAACAUUGGACAAGAUCUGAGCGUUCAGCAGUAUGGUCAUUUGGACUGUUUAAUGGCCUUGUUUAGGAUUUUCAACUUCAUAUUUAAAUGUGUUUCUCUGUUGCUGUUACGAUCACCAGUCUUUUAUAAUUUUGUCCAUCUGAAAAUGCCACUGUAUAUUGAAUAAAUAUUGAAUGGCGUGUUUCUAA